CCUGAUUGACAGUAGAGACAGGAGGUAAACAGCAGGUCGGCGCGCAAAUCGCGGUGAUUAAUCAGAUUACUGUAAGGAGUGUGCACCGUUCGAUUUAACUCGACUCAGUUACCUACGGAUAAGUACCAUCCUCUGCUUCCAUUUCCGAGCGAGCUUCUCCCAGAGGGUAAACUGUAAGGCUAGGGUUGAAUGACAUGGAUCUGUGCGACGCGGAGGAACUUGACACUGACGAUGAGGUGUUCGACCAUGACCUGAUGCCUCCCGACAGUGGGUACAGCGAGGCCAGAGGGAACUGUCCGCCCAGCUGGAACGCAGCCCGCCCCCGGCUGUUAUCACCCGGUGCACAAACCUACGGAUCGCCGUAUGUCCACAGGGGCACCCAAACAUCCGGCUCCACUCCGCCGUCCCUGCACCCGGAGUUACCUAACCCCAUGUUGCCCAGUGGAGUUGGAAGUGAGCCGCAGAGACUGUUCUAUGGUAACGCAGGCCACCGGCUGCAAUUUUCAGAGGUUUUCGAAGUGCCGCGGCCCAGCAGAGCAUCCCUCGGCGAUCAGGCAGAUGACAUCCCGCUGGAUUUGCUCCCGGUGGAGAGAGUGGAAGUCCGGAUCGGGCAGAAACUACGGCAGAUCGGGGAUCAGUUCCACAGCUCGUACGUGGAAAGGAGGAACAGAAAUGAAAAUCGUGCUGACCAGCCAUUCUGGUGGAGGCUCCUAGUCCUCAUUUUUGCAUUAAUCUUUGAUCCAGACGAGAAUGUGGAGGCUGCAGGUCAACGGCGAGGCUGAACAGCAUUCCGCCUCGCUAAAGAAAGCAACAUACUACGAAUGGCACUAAACAAGAGAACAAAAAGCACGGGUUUGAAGAUGCACACCGCUGGUCGGAUGGUGUUUCUUUAUAUUAUAUAUAAACAUAAUGUGGAAAUACUGCAUUAUUUACCACUGAUCUCCACUAAGCACUGUUUAGCAAUACGUGCUCAUCACCUGACAGCAGUGCCUCUUCCUUCGAGAGCUGGACUCCUCGUGAGAUGCCUCUGAAGCAAAGAACAUAUUGUGCUCCGUUCUCUCAGUUCCUUCCCAGCCUCAGUUUUAACAUCGACAAUAGAAAGCACCAACAAGCGUGACAGUGAGGAACAAGUUUUCAAGGUGCUUUACACCAAUCCAUCAAAGUCGUACCAAAGAGUUUUUAGUGCUUCGGUGAAGCAGCUGGAUUCACUGAUGUGUAAUCCCUUUGAGGCUUAAUCUGUGUUUUGUUUCUGUUCUCCACCAUCUUCCCCACCCCCUCCACCUCCAGUUCCAGGCCCAACACCCGCCAUCACCAGCACCCUCCACCUCAUCAUCUUGUAGGACCUAACAAAGGAAACAUCCUUGAAAACUGUUCUCACUAAAGGGGUUAAGGAUGCAGUGCUUAAAUGUUACUGCCCACUGGUACACAGACACCGCCGUCUCCUCUGAUCCUGCUGAAAACUUCACUUGUCAGUGGUUCACUUAUGUUAUGGUCACUUUUGAGGUUAAAGCUUUCUUGACAUUCAAACCUGAAGUAUCCUCAUUCUGGCAAGCCAGUAGUCAUAGACUGUCCAGAACAGAAUCUUCAUUAUUGAGAGCUUUCCUCUCUUUUUUCCUUGAAAACUUAAUUUGCUUCUGGAUGGAAAUGAAAAAUAUUGCACAGCAAUAAUGGUUUUAUUAAAAUUUGUUUUAAUCAUGUUUCAUGGACGAAGAGAAAGAGGGAAAUCAAAGGCUCCUUCAACGACUGAACGGUCAGGAAUUGCACAUUCUUCCCUGGUUGUUCACCCUCUCCCUCGCUGGGUUUGAUGGUGCUACAGAAUAUAUCUGGCUGCAAAUAUUUGGGUUAAAGAGUGAACCUGUCAACUUUCAUUCAUCACAGAAUUGAAAUUUGAUUGCCAGAAAAAUCAAACCUGUCACUAAUCUCAAGUGUAGCUUCCAGGGAGAUUCUGGUUGGACUAACUUUCAGUUUAAGUUCUUCAUCAAGAGCUGUUUCCUCUUUGCAUCAGGUUCUCUUCUUUGCUGAAUGUUUUUUUUAUUAUUAGGGGUAGAUGUUUUGGCCAAUUUUUCAAUGCUUAUUACUCAAUAGGUCUUCAAUAUGGUUAGAUAUGACACCAUAAACAAGCCUCAUUCAUCAGUCACUUCUGGAGACCAUUGUGGCUAGAACAGCUGGGAGCUUAAAGUUUCAAAGCUUUCCUCCCUAGCCAAGGCAUUUUACAGCUAAGAUCAGCAACACAAAAUCAUGACAGUUUCAGUAACUCACUUGAUUAACUUUUAAGUUGUUGAGAAAAGUCUGGAGCACUUAGAGCCAUAGCUCCUCUAAACACCCCACUUCUUAUGAAAUCUUGAAUGGUGGUCAUUUCUCGACCCACAGUAAUCCUGAUUCUUGGAGACUAAAUCUAACACUGCAAGGCUUUGCCCAUUCCCAAUAACUAUUGAAAACUGAUCAGAAGUUGUUUACUGACAUGAGGUUAUGCUCAAGGCAGUCUUUGCAUGACACUUGAAGAAGUCAGUAAUGCACAAGCUCUGAACUUGCCCAUCACUGCAGGAAUAAUUGGAAUUUGGGUUCUGCCCUGGGUUGGAGUCAUACAACAUGCAUGACAUAUUUUCUGUCUUUUGGUUUGAUCUGUGCAUAUCUUGACAUCCCAACCAUCUUUGUGACCACUCCAUUAAAUGGGCCCAGAUUACCAACAGCAUAGCAACCUUAAGCAUCCUAUUUCCAAUAGCAGCCCAACAAUGGCUGGCCAAUGCCAGUGACCAUGCUUAGGUGCUCUUAUGAAAGGAGAGUGUAGAGUGACAGUCAAUGACUCAUAUAAGUAUGGACCCAGUGAGGGAGUGGUGCUGGGCAAAUAUAGGUAGUGUGAGUGAUCAUGGACUUGUUUCCAUUUGAUGUAACUGGCCUUCUUUAUCACAUCCAGUAUCGCCAUGAUCCCAUUCUCCAUGUAAGCCUGCACUCUGAGCUGAGUAUGACUACACCAGGUUCAUAAGUCAAUCUUGUUUCCAAAUUCUGGGAUCAGUUACCUAGGUUGGAAACGGUUGGACUACAGGUAGCACAGCAAAUACUGUUGCAGCCUGGAAAUUCUGGCUAUCCAACCUUUCCUGAUUUUGUUUGACUAUCUUGAGACUGAUACCACACAUGACGGUAAACUUACAUAUUGUGCCAAUUGAUCUGGUGUGUUCGAUUACACCCAGUCACUAAUGUAGAGUUUACCCAUGCCGACUCUCCCUGCAUCACAGCAUUAAGAAUCUACAGGCUUUAUGCAGUGAGCCCCUUAGUAUGUUUCUACAUGUUAGCAGAGCAAGACUCUGGAUUUAAGGAUUUGAUCGCAGCCUCCUGGGGCUCUGUUAACGCCCAGGAAGGUAAAGAUCAAGUGACAAGGUUGGUUUUCUUUUAUGAGCUAGAAGGGGAAAAAGUGCUGGCAAAAAUGUUUUGCUAAAAGGUGGCUCCAUGAUGUACCAUAUUUUCAAAAUAUAUAUUUGUGUAAGAACCUAUAAUGAUAUUCAAGCAUUUGAUGUAACACAGCAGUUUGCUGAAACCAGCAGUGGCACCCACACUUAAAAAGCGUACAGCACACAGUGGGCAGUAUUCUCUAGUAAAUGGAUGCACAGUU